UGAUACGGCUGACGGGCAGCGGGCAACGGUAUUCAAGAAAUCAAACCGCGUAGUUGCGCGCGAAGCUCAGUCGUACGGACGCAGUCAGUCGGUCGGUCGGCAAAUGAUCAGUCGAUAAAGCGACCUUAACCGCUAUGGGUCGCUCGCUGCACUCUUUUACCGCGUACGCGCGUCCCUAUUUAAAUCCGAAUAGCCGCUAUGCCACCACCGGUUGUCCCUUUUCGAAACGCCAACGUUCCCAAGUAGCCCCAACCGCUGCUCUCAAUGAUGAAAUCUUCGCAAGAGCCAAACCCUACUCCGAAGUCCCUGGACCCAAGCCAAUACCAAUUUUGGGUAAUACGUGGCGAAUGGUACCUAUUAUCGGACAGUUUGAUAUAUCAGAAUUCGCGAAAGUGACAAAAAUGUUUCUGGAGCAGUAUGGCAGGAUUGUAAGAUUGGGUGGUUUGAUCGGAAGACCUGAUCUUUUGUUCGUAUAUGACGCUGACGAGAUUGAAAGGAUGUACCGGCGCGAAGGACCAACUCCGUUCCGUCCGGCUAUGCCUUGUCUCGUCAAAUACAAGUCUGAAGUUCGAAAAGAUUUUUUCGGAGAAUUACCUGGUGUUGUUGGAGUGCACGGAGAACAAUGGAGAAGGUUUCGUUCGAAAGUUCAACGUCCGAUACUGCAACCGCAGACUGUCAAGAAAUACGUGGCUCCGAUAGAGCUGGUGACUGAGGAUUUCAUCAGAUAUAUGGAGGACGCGAGGGACGCUAACGGAGAUCUGCCGCAUGAGUUCGACAAUGACAUACAUCGCUGGUCUCUUGAGUGUAUUGGUCGAGUCGCUUUAGACGUCAGACUGGGGUGUCUAUCGCCGCAGCUAACUAAAGACUCUGAACCGCAGAGAAUAAUCGAUGCGGCAAAGUUUGCGUUGAGAAACGUUGCCGUGCUGGAACUUAAGGCGCCUUACUGGCGAUAUUUUCCGACGCCUCUUUGGACGAAAUACGUCAACAAUAUGAAUUUCUUUAUCGAUUUAUGUAGCCGGUAUAUAAACGAGGCUUUGGAAAGACUUAAAACGAAGAAAGUGACGUCAGAGAAUGAACUUUCGUUGCUUGAGCGCGUUCUACGCAGUGAGGGCGACCCGAAGAUCGCCACCAUUAUGGCGUUGGACCUUAUUCUUGUUGGAAUUGACACGAUUUCAAUGGCAGUAUGUUCCAUCCUCUACCAAGUGGCGACAAGAGUUAAACAGCAAGAGAAAAUGGCAGAGGAAAUAAGAAGAGUGUUACCCGAUCCAAGCCAACCGUUAACAUACGCUGAUCUUGAUAAACUGCAUUACACAAAGGCUUUUGUCAGAGAAGUUUUUAGGAUGUAUUCGACAGUUAUUGGCAAUGGAAGAACUUUACAAGAAGAUGAUGUGAUUUGCGGAUACCAUAUCCCUAAAGGCGUUCAAGUGGUGUUCCCCACGAUAGUGACGGGCAACAUGUCGGAGUUCGUGUCAGAGCCGGAGGAGUUCCGGCCCGAGCGCUGGCUGCGCAGCGACCAGCGACUGCACUCCUUCGCCUCGCUGCCCUACGGCUUCGGGGCCAGGAUCUGCCUCGGCAGGCGGUUCGCGGACUUGGAAAUACAAGUUUUACUGGCUAAAUUACUGCGUCGCUACCGACUGGAAUACCACCACGAGCCGCUGCAGUACGCGGUUACAUUCAUGUACGCGCCCGACGGCCCGCUGCGCCUCAGGAUGCUGCCGCGCCGCGACUGAACGAAUGAAUGACACACUGAACUAAUGAAUGAAACAAUAAACGAAUGAGUGAAUGACUUUGUGUAUAAUGUUCUGUUAAGAUGUUUUACAUGUAAAUUUAAUUUUAAUUAGCAAUGAGGCUACUUAAAAAUUAUAUUUUAGCAUAUAGUAUGUCCGUAAUUUACUUCUGUAUUCAUUGUGUUAAACAGUUUUAAAGAAAUAAAUAUAACCUCUUAUAAUUAAUGUACUUUUAAGAAUAAAUAUUAAAUUGAAACAUUUGAUUGUCGUUGCUAAUAAAAUAUAAAAAAUAUCAUUGUGUUAUGUAAUUUUGUUUAUGUGUUAACGUUUGUUGUGUUGUAAUAAAAUGUAAAUAAAUGAUUUUUCAAGUUUUAUAA